CUCUCGUAGCGGCGCGGCUUGGGUGUGCAAUAAGGGAGGGAAGGUGGUGGAAGCAGCGGCAGUUAGGCCGGCGCACGGGCGGGCAUCAUGAUUUCGGCUGCCCAGCUUUUGGACGAGCUUAUGGGCCGGGACAGGAACCUGGCCCCAGAUGAAAAGCGGAGUAACGUGCGAUGGGACCACGAAAGCGUUUGCAAAUACUACCUUUGCGGCUUUUGUCCAGCUGAGUUAUUCACAAAUACCCGUUCUGACUUGGGUCCAUGUGAAAAAAUUCAUGAUGAAAACCUGAGAAAACAGUAUGAGAAGAGUUCUCGGUUCAUGAAAGUAGGCUAUGAAAGAGAGUUCCUUCGCUAUUUACAGAGUUUGCUUGCGGAGGUUGAACGCCGAAUUCGAAGAGGCCAUGCUCGUUUAGCAUUGUCUCAGACUCAACAGGCUUCAGGUCAAGCAGCAGGACCUACUGGUAAAAACGAAGAGAAGAUUCAAGUCUUAACUGACAAAAUUGAUGUACUUCUACAGCAGAUUGAAGAACUGGGUUCUGAAGGAAAGGUAGAAGAGGCUCAAGGCAUGAUGAAACUUGUUGAACAGUUAAAAGAGGAGAGAGAGCUGCUCAGGUCCACAACUUCUACAAUUGAGAGCUUUGCAGCCCAGGAAAAGCAGAUGGAAGUUUGUGAAGUCUGUGGAGCCUUUUUAAUUGUAGGAGAUGCACAGUCCAGAGUAGAUGAUCACUUGAUGGGAAAGCAGCAUAUGGGUUAUGCUAAAAUUAAAGCUACAGUAGAAGAAUUAAAGGAAAAAUUAAGAAAAAGAACUGAAGAGCCUGAACGUGAUGAUCGGUUAAAAAAAGAGAAACUAGAACGAGAAGAGCGAGAGAGGGAACGUGAAAAAGAAGAGAAGGAAAGGAAGAGGCGGCGUGAGGAAGAAGAGAAGGAAAAAGAAAGAGCUCGUGAUAGAGAGAGACGAAAGAGGAGUCGUUCACGAAGCAGGCAUUCAAGCAGAACAUCUGACAGGAGAGGGAGUCGGUCAAGGGACCAUAAGAGAUCAAGAAGCAAGGACAGAAGAAGAAGCAGGAGUAGAGAUCGACGCAGAAGCAGAAGCCAUGAUAGGUCAGACAGAAAACACAGAUCACGCAGCAGAGACAGAAGGAGGUCAAAGAGCCGGGAUCGGAAAUCUUACAAGCACAAGAGCAAAAGCAGAGAACGAGAACAAGACAGGAAAUCUAAGGAAAAAGAAAAGAGGGGAUCUGAUGAUAAAAAAAGUAGUGUGAAGUCCAGUAGUCGAGAAAAACAGAGUGAAGACACAAGCAUGGACUGCAAGGAAGGCGAUGCUAAGAAUGAGGUCAAUGGGACCAGUGAAGACAUUAAAUCUGAAGUGCAGCGUAAGUAUGUACAGAUGAAGAUGGAGCUAUGUCAAGUAAGAAGAGAUACUAAAGCAACUUCUGAAGGAAAACACAGUGUAGUCCUGCAAAAACUUUUGAGGUACAUUGUUUUGUAUCGGCUAUUUUGUAGCAGAUUCAUACCCCCAUUAGUGUGCCUCUUGGGAACAUAUUUGUAAUUAUAGUCACAAUAGAAAUUAAUUAUCCUAUUUUUUUUAAUUUUUAGGGGAUUUGUUAUCUUUUUUAACACUUGAACUGAUUUUGUAAUUAAGUCCAUAUUGUGUUGGUGCAUCAGAAACAUUUGCUUUAAUACUUAAUAUUUGAGGCACAUGUUGGACUAUUUUGUUUUUAUAUAAACUGCUAGUAUUUCUUUGUCAAGGAUGUUUCUAGUUUUUUUGCUUUGCCUUGCAUUCUAAUGCAGUUUGUUCUGUAACUCGAGAGCCAGUAGCAUUGGAUUGAUGGAAGUGUAGGGUUUAUGAAUAAUUGCAGCUGACUACCAUACCUCACACAGCGUUGGUGUUGUGAGCGGCCCAUGAAAAGCCAAAUUAAAAAUCAAGGAUUCAGUCAAACUAAGCAGGUACUCAUGCCAGGUACUCCUUUCUCUACCCACAUCCAUGUUUGAAUGCUGUUGCCUGUAAUCUUUAAGCUUACUGUUGUGUGUUUUAUUUACGAAAAGUGAAAAGGAAUCUUUGUGGAUAUUGUGAAAAUUGUUAACCUGAUUUUAACUUGAUUGGAAUUUUCUUUCAACUAUGUGUAGGGAUGCAGUGCUGCCCAGAAUUAGAUAUCUUUAAAGAGUUUUAAAUGCAAUAAAUACUACAUAAUAACCGCCUUGUUACAUUCAAUGCAUUUCAAGUCUUUAAGAGGUAUGUGUUUAUAAUUUCCUACUGCGUAGGAGAAUUGCCAGGCAGCCAUGGCACUCAGCAACAUAUACUGGCUACCAGACUUGGGAGGCAAAUGAAAAUAAAGGCCAAUAUCAGAAACACCCAAUAGGUAUAUAUAAAUGGCAAGAAUGUAAAUAACCACAUUGCAUAGUAAAUCUUAAAUAUAAAGCACUCAUUCUUGACCUAUGGUUUUUGGGGUCAUUCCUUUAAGGAAUACGCCCAAAUAAAACCCAGCUGAUACACUUAUUUCUUUGCAAUAUAGUUAAUAUAGUUUUUGCAUAGCUGUUAAGAGCUGCUUAGCAAUUACCGUGCAGGCAUAUGCAUCUUUAUUUGGAAGUAAGCCCCAUUGUGUUCAGUAAGGCUUACUCCCUGGUAAGUAUGCAUAGGAUUGCAGCCCUAGAGUGCAAUCUUUUGAGUACUGAUAUUGCACAAUCUCCAUCCAUUUCAGUGGUUACUUGCAUUUGACCCCUGUGCAAGUCCUUCUGGAAUAUGUGAAGACAAUGAUUGGUGAAUUGUGCAAGUCCUUAAUGUUUAUCCUUAACUGUCAAAUAAGGGUGUUAGGUGUAAUAUUUCUAAGAGAAUUUUGAAGACUUAAGCGGGCAGCAAACAGACAGUAUUUAGGAGUGGAAAAUGAAAGUCAUCUUUGUUCCCACUAUCUGACUCUCUUUUCCCAACAUUUUCCAUUAUAGGACAACCGUGUGACAAGUCUGUGAAGAAUCCUGAAGACUGCUAAUAUGAAGAUCUGCUUUAAAAUGAGGUGAAAGAAAGCUGUAGUGGCAUAGAAAAAAUUAAAGUUCAGUUAGAUUUUUUUAAAAAAAUAAAGUUAAAUUCAGAACUGUUGUGACCUCUCAGAAUGCAGAGAAGUUAAUAAGCAAACAAGCUACUGAGAAUUUAAGUCCUUUUACCAUUUUUUUUCCUAUAAGACUUUUAAGAUGAUAAACCAACAUAACCUGAACACAUGGCUUGCUCAGUGUUUAAUUGCAAGUUUUCAUUCUUGAACUUCGAAACACAAGGAAUAAAUGUUUAGUAUUUGUGUGACUCAAACUAAAACAAAUCCCAUUUUUACAACCAGGCUAUACCUAGCUUCUUGAUAUACCUUAAUGGAAAUAAAGUAUCUAUGAACUUCUGUUAUACAUUCGAUUGUCAUUGAGUGUUUAAUAUUAAAUAGACUUCUUUCCAAAUAAA